UACUCGGCCGGCUGUCGACUGACAUCUGAACAGAAAAACUCUUUGAGUGCAAAGAGUUCAAUUGUCGUUCGCUUUUUCCCCAAUUUUCAUCAAUCAUUUCAAAUAUUUCAUUCGAAAGCUUGAAUCCACUGUUUCUUCCGUUAUGAGUCAUGUGUCCCCAGCAAACUUUCAAGCUCUAGACCAGCGGUUCGCUGGUCUGGACUUGAAUUCGGGCGCCGUCCCCGUAAAUCAACGCGGCGUCGAUCCAAAGUCUCAUCAAGAACGAUACGUGCCGCCUCACCUUCGUAACAGAUCAGGUCCUCCUCCAAACCGAGGAGGCUUCCAAGAGCAAGCCUUCAACCCAGGACCACGGGACUUCCAGCCCAGGGAUCCUUACAGAGAUGGUUUUUACCAACAACAACAGUUCUAUGGAGGGUAUCCUCCCCGUGGUGGUGGACGUGGAUAUGGGAACCCUGGUAUGUACUAUGGCCGUGGAGGAGGAAGUGCCUGGCGAGAUCGAGGCGAUAACAGGGGGCCCUCCAGGGCACCUACCAAUGAUUAUGGAAGAAAUACACAACCACCACCAGAGGAUUGGUCUAAGUUAUUGCCAAAGAACGAACGCAUUGAAAAGGAGCUUUUCAGCAAGCAUAACACUGGAAUAAACUUUGAUAAGUAUGAGGAUAUUCCUGUUGAAGCAACUGGACACGAGGUUCCCCAAAACAUUGAGUUGUUUUCUGAUUGUGACCUUGGGGAAAUUUUGCACCACAACGUUGAGUUGGCCAACUACUCCAAACCUACUCCAGUUCAGAAGUAUGCUAUACCUAUUGUGAAGAGCAAGAGGGACUUGAUGGCCUGUGCCCAGACUGGUUCUGGGAAAACUGCAGCUUUCUUGAUUCCUAUUCUAAGCAGGAUAUUUGAGGAAGGUCCUCCACCACUUCCAGAUGCUCGGCAGCAGUCUCGCCGAAAGCAGUUCCCAAUAAGCCUUGUUUUGGCACCCACUAGGGAACUGGCCUGUCAAAUCUUUGAUGAAUCCAGAAAGUUCUCAUACAGGUCAUAUGUGCGACCUUGUGUGGUGUAUGGUGGAGCUGACAUUGGUGGCCAGCUGAAGGAGCUGGAUCGUGGUUGCCAUCUUCUGGUGGCCACACCCGGUCGUCUUGUUGACAUGCUGGACAGGGGACGAGUGGGGCUGGACUCUUGCAAGUUCCUUGUCUUGGAUGAAGCUGACCGCAUGCUGGACAUGGGAUUUGAGCCACAGAUACGCCGCAUUGUUGACCAAGACACUAUGCCCAAAGCUGGUGAACGUCAGACGCUGAUGUUUAGUGCCACAUUCCCUAAAGAAAUCCAGAUGCUUGCUAGAGACUUUCUAGUGAACUACAUCUUCUUGGCUGUGGGUCGGGUGGGUUCAACUAGUGAGAACAUCACACAGAAGACUAUAUGGGUUGAUGAGUAUGACAAGAGGUCAUUCCUGCUGGAUCUGUUGACUGCUUCAGGUCCCAGAUCUCUGACACUAGUCUUUGUAGAAACCAAGAAAGGGGCUGAUUCAUUGGAGGAUUACUUGUACCGUGAAGGCUAUGAUGCAACCUCUAUUCAUGGCGAUCGCUCUCAGCGUGAGAGAGAGGCAGCUCUGCAGUCAUUCAAGUCUGGCCGCACACCAAUUUUGGUGGCCACAGCUGUUGCUGCUCGUGGCUUGGACAUUCCCAAUGUACGCCACGUAGUAAACUUUGACAUGCCAACUGACAUUGAGGAGUAUGUUCACCGCAUUGGCCGUACAGGACGUGUAGGACAUACUGGUCUUGCCACAUCAUUUUUCAAUGACAAGAACCGCAAUGUAGCCAAGGACCUUGUUGAGCUGUUGAAUGAUACUAAGCAGGAAGUCCCAGGCUGGCUGGAAUCCAUUGCUUAUGAGAGUAGUCAGAACUCAGGCAGGAACCGUGGAAGGAGCAGGCAAUCAGCUGGUGGCUUUGGGUCACGGGACUACAGGCAGCACCAUCACCACCAUGGGGGUGGGGGUGGUGGGCCCCACUAUGGAGGGUACGGUGGAGCUGCAUAUUGGAAUCAUAACCGCUAUGCUGGAGGCGCUGGAGCACAGGAUUGGUGGAACUAGUGCUGUGAUGCUACCACCAAAAGUUGUUACAUCAUGUUUUCUUUGUUUGGUUAAUGUUACAGGUGUUAACCACUUUUAUUCUCUUUGAUGAAAUAAGUUAAAUUUGGGACUGUUGCAUUGGCAAUAUCUGGCAUCAAAUAUGGCAUCUUCAAAUUGAUUGGUGAAGUGUUGUGGAAAAGCGUGUACAAAGGUUUUCCAUAGCGGCAGCUUAUUCAGUGGAUGGACACAGCUUGUGGUCAGAUAAAGUAUAAAGACCACUUGUGGUUUUCACAAAUGUCAGGCUGUAAGGGUGACACAUGCAGGAACCACAUACUUCAGUGUCAAACUCUCUGUUCGUGAUUUCUCUGGAAAUCCUCAAGGAACACAACAAAAUUCAGUUGGCUUGUUCAGUUCUCGUUCAAACUGCUGCUUAUUAGACAGUGCCACAGCAAUCUUCUGCUGUCGUUGUUUUCAAGUUCAGUCAAAAAAUGUCUGGUUGAUAUUUUUUUCAUGCAAAGUUCAUUUGGUACACAAUGAAUUGGGCAACUGUGGAUCAAGAUACACUGACUAUUUAAUAUCUUUGGCGACAUUAUUUUGAAAGUAAGUGUUGUUAAAAGGGUUACAUUAUCUGUGUUGACACAGAUACAUGUGGUCAUUAUCUCAUUGUAGUUGAUACUUAAACAAGUUAUUUUCUUUGGGACUUUUAUGGACAUUGGAAAGGGGCUCAUUUUGUGAGAGGUCCCGUAUUUAUAUUUUGAAUUCGGUCCUUGCAUGGAAAGUCCAUUUUGAGAUGGGCUUCUUUCCUUAGCUUUUGUACUAAUUUUGCCCCCAGUUACAGAUUAUUUCUCAGUUCUACAACUUUUGGGAAUUUUCCUCAAAAAGCCUAUUUGUGACAAACGUUACUUUUAUGCAGUCCUAGGAAAAGAGUCACUGUGUUGGGCAAGAGCUCAAACGUCUUGUUUUUCGGAGCUUCUCCUUAUUGCAUUAGCAGUUACAAACAACAUGUAGUUAAGCACAAAGUUAAUUACUCUCUGUAAGCACAGAGAUUAUGUUUUGAAAAUUUAAGAAAUUUUCAACCAGCUGUUUAGGUCAGAAAAAUUCCUAGCGAGCCAACCAAGUGGAUAAGAACUUGGGAGAUUUCUGAACAAGCAGUUUAUUGCAAUUACAAAAUAUGAAAAAUCCAGUGGAUGAAUGUGGACUCACUACACAACACAUCUUAGUUAGGUCAACUUGUUUUAUUAUAGAUACUGACUCUAUGGGCAAAAUUGUGAAAGAAUUUUGUCUUAACAUGUCUUAAGAGCAGAACAGAAGACAGAGUUUUCCUGCUGUUAUUUAGUGUCAAUCCUUGAUGAAAACGUUUCAUUCAUCUCGGUUCUACAGAUAGAUAGUACCCUAGUUCAAAAUAGUUCGUCUGAAAAGUAUUUAUCAUAGAACAUGGCCCUUGAGACAUUAGACGGAAUAUAGAUAUUAUUAUAUAGAAGUAUACAAUGUCUUUUGAUUAAGACUGCCACUAAGAAACACAAAUAGAUAUUCGAGAAGUGAGAUUUAAGCACAAGGGAUAAAUGUAUUAGCUUUGUGCUUUAGCAGGAUACUGUUCAUUGUGCAAAGGGAUUUUUAGUGCCUCUUGUAUUCUGAGUUUAAGCAGGAAAACUCAGGUUUUAGUUUCAUGUGUGUAUAAGGGUCAUAGUAGGCAGAUUUUGUAGUCAUUGUAACAAGAUAACGUUAUUUUGUAACGGAUGACGUCCACUAUAAGAUUAUUUUGUAAUAUUGCAGAUCGCUCUGCUUUAGACUAAGAAAAGUUGUGUCGCCAAAGUAUUUAUGGAUUUAAACUAAAGUACCAGAAGAAAAAAUGUUCCCGUUUUCGAAAAUCAGAAAGGUUUUAAACAAAUAGUUUCAAAGAAUAUUUUAUUUACAAAUUCUUGCAUGAAAUUAAGAAAACAGUAAUAAUUUAUGACGCCUUUUUUUGCCUUCGUCUGAAAAGGGCCAAGAAAGUGAAGAAUUUCACUUUUUCAUGCAGUUAAAUUGAAAAGCAUUUGUAUCAACAAGGAUAAAGCAAGCAUCAAAAAGACACUGUAAUUAUAUUGCAUUUAAUGAAAGUACAAUGUAAAUUAAAAAUAAGGCGUCAAGACUAGUGCUCAAGAACAUUCAUUAUUUUUAAGACCAUUAUGCAUUAAGCCGGAAUUAUUGAUGCUUGUGAAUUUGUUCCUACAUAACCUUUAAGAUGUUUUUCUUUUCAGAUGUUUAAUUUUUGUUGAGUUACAAAGAAAUUGAAAAUGUGGGAAAUGAAAAUCAAGGUUUCCAUGUUCAGUUGGUUAUCCUUCUUAAAGUUAAAUUAGAAUACACUUAAAAAAAACCUUUCUAACUACAAAGUGCUCUAACUGAACGGAAAAUUCUUAGUUUACUGUUAAUGAUCUCUAGAGUAUUUAUAUUGGUCAGAAAACGGGAAAAGUUAAGCAGAGAAAAAGUCACUGUACCCGGGUGGGAUCAACAAGGUAGCCUUUCGAAAAUCAGAAACUACAACUGAUAUUCUGCAAAUGUCAGGGAUUUAGAUGCUAAGAAUUUAACUAAGUAUAACUUGUGGUAAAAGCCAAAUUUUGUUCCAAAGCCACUUAUGCCUUGCACCCUAUACAUCUGUCCAAGGUAAAGCCGUGACACACAUGACGUAAUAUACUCGAGGUACGACACACGAGAGAUUUUGUGACGAGUCACGGAAGUCACGCCAACGUGUUACCAUAUAGCAUGAAGUUGAAGAUUGCUUUGGGAGAAAGUUUGGCCUCUAUCAGGGUACUUUUGCUUACAAAUCUAUAAAUUGUGUUCAGAGGUAGCACGAUACCUGAUAGCGUUCUAUCAACACAGUUGCUGUAGCCUUCAUAUUUCAGUUUAAGUAUAUUCUGUUUAUGCAGGUUGUUUUUUGGGGGAAGAGUUCACUGCCAAGGCAGUCAGGUUAUUUGUAUUUGAUGUCAGAAGCCAAUAAAUUAUUACCAUUAUAGUGAUAA